AUUUCUUCCGACGUUUUUCCGGUCACUGCCUUCGAAAGGAAAAAAUGAGGCCAAUCUUCUGUGGAAAUUUUGAGUAUGACGCUCGACCGUCUGAUCUGGAACGGCUUUUCAGUAGAUAUGGGAAGGUUGAGAGGGUGGAUAUGAAGUCUGGUAAGAACUUUUGUUUUGCCCAUCUACCAUUUGGUCUUUUAUGAAUUCAAAUCUACCAUAUUUCUCUGUUCUCUCUUUCUAUUUGGCUAAUCAUUAAGGUAUUGGUAUAUGAGACUUGGAGGCUGACCUCCUCAAAGUGCCGGGAUAUUAGUUUGAAACUUUGCAUUUAGCUUAUGAAAUAAUCCAUUAGUAAGGUUCAGCAUUUAUGGGAUCAAACUUUUAAGAGAAUUCUCUCAGAAGGUGGUCAAGGGAUUGGAAGUUUUGCGAGUUAGCAAGUUUAAUGCAUGUGUUAUAAUUAAUCACAUAAAUAAGAAUACCGGUAACUUAAUUAGGCAUAUUGUCCAAUUGGACUUAAUUACACUAAGGAAGAGAGAGGAAAUGUGGUGCAAAUUGGGAAAUUAUGGAGAAUGAGGUGUGCUGCUGCUAAUGGUAGAUUUAGGAGUCGAGGAGUGGGUAAUUGCUAUAUUUGAAUGUCUUGGAGCACCACACAAUUUCACUCAUAAUAAGGUAAUCACUUGAGCUUCUUGCUUGCAGGCUUUGCUUUGCUUGAAAUUAAAUUGCUUGAUUAUCUUUUUGAGGUGAACAAAAAACCCGCGUAAAUUUGAAAAAAAAAAAUACUUUUAUGCCUGUAACCUGCAAUUGUGUGAUGUCUUAAACAAAAUAAACACAAUCAUACAAAAAAUGCCUGCACUCUUCUCAAUAAGGCAUGGGAUCCUCCACCGGCAAGGCAACUCGGCAGUAGCAAUCCUAUCCACAGAGGUGGCAGCUUCCUAGCGCACAUAGCUUGGCAGUAUGACUGUAACAUCAGUCACAAUCCGUGACUCAGCGACUGCUUUCUUCCUUUGUGGAGUUAUAUUGGGGAUUCAGGAUAUGUUUAAGAAAAACAUUUUUUUGAGGCAUCGACCCCCAUAUUCAACAUUUUCUUUGGCGCAGGAUUAUCUUGGCAAGUCCCCCAUUCUUCCUGGCUAAUGGAUGGGCUCUUCAGAAAUCUGAUCCCUGCCUGUGACAAGCUUCUUCUUCUUGUUUUCAAGAAGAGUCACUCUGAUCCUCAAUGGACUACCUUCCCACGUUUCCCUCAGUCACAAUUGCCUAUCAUCCCUCAUGAAUUUUGCCCAGCCUUCAAUUUCAGACAUGUUUCUACCUAGAAACAUUGCCAACCUCACAGCAGAGGCAGCAGAAUAGAUGGAGAAGGCACUCUUUUCAUUGACCUACUAUGAGACAUCCACUUUUGGAAUGUUGUUCCUUGACACCACUUAGUUCAUCACACAAGGUCUGUUACUAAUUUUGCUGGUCACUUAGUUUAUAGAAUUAACGGAGGUUACCAACAUCUUUACUUCAGGUUAGAUUUUCAGUUGAAGGGGGGAAACGCCGUCAUGUUGAAGAAUCCUUUAACGGGAGGAUUCUUGGUUUAGAUACCUAUUUUCAACCUCUAUUUUAUUUUAUUAAUUUGAUUCUUUUCUUCAUGGGUUUUUAGGAUUUGCUUUUAUUUAUAUGGAGGACGAGAGAGAUGCUGAUGAUGCUAUUCGGAGACUUGACCGAACAGAAUUUGGUCGAAAGGGACGCAGGCUUCGUGUUGAAUGGACAAAACAUGAACGUGGCAUUAGAAGGCCUGGAAGUUCCAAAAGAUCUUCAGCUAGUGCGAAACCUUCAAAGACUUUGUUUGUUAUUAAUUUUGAUACACACUAUACAAGGACUAGGGACUUGGAGAAGCACUUUGAACCAUAUGGAAAGUUAGUGAGUGUGAGGAUUAGAAGGAACUUUGCAUUUGUGCAGUAUGAAUCACAGGAUGAUGCCACAAAAGCAUUGGAUGCGACAAACAUGAGCAAAUUGCUGGAUCGAGUUAUAUCAGUGGAAUAUGCAGUCCGGGAUGAUGAUGAUGAUGAACGGAGAAAUGGGCAUAGCCCUGAUAGAUUUCAUGAUAGGUCAUUGGAUAGAGGUCGUGAUAGAAGGCGAUCCCCUAGCCCAUAUCGAAGAGAGAGGGGUAGCCCUGAUUAUGGACGUGGUUCUAGUCCCUCUAGGAAAGAGAGAGGCAGCCCUGAUUAUGGGCGUGAUCGCAGUCCAAGUCCCUAUCGAAGAGAGAGGGGUAGUCCUGAGUAUGGUCGUGCACGCAGUCGUAGUCCUCAAAGAGAGAGGGUUGGCCGUGAUCAUCGCCACGGUUCCAGCCAUAGUCCCUACCAAACAGAAAGGGUGAGUGCUGAUAUUGGUCAUGGCGCCGGUCGCAGUCCUUAUGCAAGAGAGAGGGCAAGUGCUGACCAUGGUCGUGGUCCUAGUCGCAGCCCUUAUGGAAGAGAGGGGGCAUGCCCUGACAAUGGUCGUGACCCCAGCCGCAGUCCUUAUGGGAGAGAGAGGGCUAGUCCUGAAAAUGGUCGAGGUCCCAGCCGUAGUCCAUAUGGAAGAGAGAAGGCUAACCCUGACAGUAUUCAUGAAGUCAGCCCAAUACCUGAACCUAGAGAGGAUAGCCCCAAUUAUGGUGGUGGUCCAGAUACCCCCGUGCAUGAGAGAUAUCAAAGUCGAUCACCACCAACAGAGGAGUGAUCUAGAUCAUAGUAUAGAAGAAGAACUCCAGUUGGUUGCUCUGAUUUGUGGUCGUGGCAUAACUCAUGUAGAGUUUGUUCCAGUUUGCCUCUUUCAGUGACAACAAUCGUGGAGUUAGGGCCUCUUCCAGUAAUAUGCUUAUGAGCUUGUGAUGUAGGACCUAAUCGUGCUUUGAUUUCUGCUCGAAUUUUCAUGGACCGUUUGGACAAGACUACUGUAUACAAAACCUCUGAUCCAUGUUGGACUUGGCUAUUUGCUGUUAUUGUUUAGUACUUCGAAUCAGAAUAAUUGUUGUUUCUCGUAGAAACUGAUGGUUGUGUACCCUUAUUUUGUGAUAAUGAUGACUGUCCACUUUAUACA